AUGAAAAAUGUUCGAGAACAAUUAUUACAUCGAUCAUUGGAUAAUCAUGUUUUAGCAUUUCGACAUAAUAGACAAGAAGAUGAAAUGCUUAAAGAAAAAUUUUCAAUUUAUCAACGAAAUGUUCGUCGUAUUGAUUAUAAAUUAUAUUUGACUGAACGUCGUUGUGAACAACAUGCAAAAAAUGAUCUUGAUUUAGUUGUAUUAUAUAAAUAUAAACCAAUAGAAGAAACCACUAAUCAUCAAUUUUAUUAUACAUUAGAAAAAAGAUAUUGGACAAUAAAAGAAUAUUCAGUUGAACCAUUAUAUAGUGUACUUCAACAUAAAAGAUCAUAUGAAUUUGUAUUUGAACGUCAUGCUCAACAAUAUAUUGAAGAAUUAAAACAACGAAAACGUUUAGAAAAUUUACGAAAAGAACAUUUUAUGAAUACAACUGAAUCAUUUACUCGUGAUGAUUAUGAAAAAAGUAAUGAUUGGCCUCGAACAGAGAAUGCUCGACUUAAAUUACCAUUAAUUCAUCAUUCAAAAUUAAAUCAUUCACCUAAAAUACGUUUUCCUAUUGAAAUGUAA